AGAGAAUCAAAAAUUUGAUGAAACAUAUUACGAGCGGGAUUUAAAUAAUUAUCUACUGCAUUAUAUUAUGAUAUUAUAAAUAUUCACUCUAUAAUCAAAAUUUUAAUUAAUAUGGCUUCUUAAAGUGAAGAAAAAGAUCUAAUAGGAUCUAUUUUAAGUGGUAUUAAUAAUUAACUAAUAGCAGAUGAUGAGAUUAAAUUGAGACCAGCUACAUAUAUAAGAAGAAAAAAUUUAACACUCAAAUCAAAAGAAUUCAAUCCUGAAUAACUGGCCAAGUACCAAGAUAUUCCCACUUCAAAUGGUAGCAUCAUUUCAACAGGAUAAGUAUCAUAAUAGAAAUAGCGAAUAUUUUUUCUUACAUAAACAUCUAUAGAAAUGUAUUUAUUUAUAUAUAAUAAUCUAAAUGUAGAUAGUCCUAAUUAUCUAGUGCUUUGAUCUAAACUGGAGAAUAAGAAUUCAAUUGUUCAGCAGAUACUUUUUAAUGUAUCGAAAUCAAAUAUAUAUCUGAAUAGCAUUUGAUUCAUUUGAGAAACUGUAGCUGAAAUAAAAAGCCAAAAAACAUCUGACUAUGUAACCAUCAGAAUAUUAACACACUUAAUUAUAGUUUAAAAGUGAUUAAAGUCUUGGGAAAUUAUAACUUACUUAAUUGGAUCUUGUAAAAUAUAAUUAUUUAAAAUUCUUAGGAAUAAAUAUGUGGCAAUUAAUUAAUUAAUAGAAAAUUAUAAAAUGCUUUGGA